AUGAUUGAUGGACACAAGACACUCGGCGAAGCUUUUCAACAAGUCAAAAGUGUGCGACAACAGAUUGAUCCUAACGAGGGUUUUAUUAAACAAUUACGUGCACUGGAAAUAUCAUUAUUUGGCCAACGAAUGACUCUGGAACGUAUUUCCUUUCUCGAUCUUACCAUCGAAGAAUCACCGAAAAUUGUUAUAGGUAGGGUGCUUAUGGUUCUUGAAGACUUCGUCACCGCUUUUGCUGGUGAUGCAUCUCCGCAGACCCUCGAUAUGCUCAAAGAAAAGCUGCUCAGAUUAGCUUCCAAAGUCAAGCACGAUGAUGUCACCGAUUUAUUGUCCAAGGGAAUUUACAAAUGUCUGCGAUUCUUUGAACAUGAUCAUUUAUCAGACCAAGAAGUAAGAAUUGGUCUACAACAAGGACUUGCUACUUUGUGCACCUUCUAUAACGUCGAUAUUAAUGAUUAUCUGGAAGCAGUAACUAAUACGAAAGAAUGGAAAGAUCUCUGCAUUGAUAGACGGUUAGCAAAUCGAUGGAUGAAUGAUUUACGAAAUCAAUCGAAUCAACAAUGCAACAAUUAUGAGAGCAACAAGACUAGAGAUUAG